GGAAAAUCAGUGCCGCUUUACUGUCUACCACCAUCAGCCUGAUCGUUCGCUUAAUGGCCCGAAAGGCAGCACACUAUGGUGAACCAAUCACAAAACCACCUUACUCAUUUACGACUCUGGUUUUCCCAAAUUCUCGAUACAAAAUUACGUCGUGCUGGCCCUCUCUGCCUCGAGACAGACAACUACAGCACAACUCUACGCCCUUUCGUUUCUCCAAGCCCUCCCCCAGUCCACCAACUUCUGCUGAAGCAUUCCGAAUACCCUAACCACAUCUUGCCAGUAGGGCACGAGGCAGCAAAGAUGUCGGACAAGCUGACUCGUAUCGCGAUCAUCAGUACCGACAAGUGUAAACCGAAGACAAGAAUGCAAGAAGUCCUGCCCGGUUGUGCGGAGUGGACGGCUUUGCAUCGAAGUCACUCCUGAGUCGAAGAUCGCCUUCAUUUCCGAAAGUCUAUGUAUUGGUUGCGGCAUCUGUCCCAAAAAAUGCCCAUUUGGCGCCAUCAAUAUCAUUAAUCUUCCAACAAACCUCGAGUCUCACGUUACACAUCGAUACUCAGCCAACAGCUUCAAGCUUCAUCGAUUGCCUACACCACGACCUGGACAAGUUU